AUGAGCUUAGUCAAUUUGGUGGCAAAAACAGGAAGAGACAUUACUUUGAACAGCAAUAGAGUAGGCAAGGUGAAAGUGCAAUGGGACCUGGAUGACUUUCUACACCUAAUGAUGAAACACCUUGCAGGCUUUGGAGAUACCAAAGGGCUCAUUUGCAGUGUUUGUGGCAGUACAUUGAGCUGCAUUAGUUCAUUGGAUAAGCAUAUGUUGAUCCAUAAUGGUGAAAAACCAUACCACUGUGCAGUAUGUGGCCAGUUAUUCACAACAAAGGACCACAUGGACAGUCUGAUGCUACCUGAUGGAAAAUCAGUAAUAAAUGGUAACUUUGAGAGGACUCCUGUAUCUGAAGAACCAGGAUCAUUCUGGAAUACAAUGGUAGCUGCAGAGAUGCUGUUUGUCUGUGAAACAUGUGUAACUUGUAGAAAUCUUAUUGGAGCCCCAGAUACCUUGGUCCAUAAGUGGAUGGGCCGUAGACAGAAUGAGCCCUUGCAUGUACGUUUGCAAAGACUGGAGCGUGAACGGACUGCAAAAAGACUUAAACGUGCUAAUGAAUCUGCAGAUGAAAGGGAAAUGCGUAGGCUUAGAGAUCGUGAGGCUAAACGUAUUCAGAGAAUGCAGGAGACAGAAGACCAGAGGGCAAGGAGGUUACAACGUGACAGGGAGGCAAUGAGAAUGAAAAGGGCUAAUGAGACACCAGAAAAACGGCAGGCAAGACUUGUACGAGAAAGAGAAGCAAAGCGGAUAAAGAGAAGUUUACAGAAAUUAGAUCCUGAACUAUCAGUUCAUAUUUCUUAGAAUUCAACACCAGAUCUAAAUUCAUUCCAGCUUCAUGUGCCUUUUCCUAAUUUGGAAAAUGAAGAUAAAGUUGUGAAACUGGGAUUUUUAUUUUUGAUCUGAAAUGAAAACUAAUCCAGAGAUCCAUCUAGAAUGUGCUCUUUCAGUUCAACAAAAGCCGGAAUCAUAAUGAAAUCUGGAUUAGAAAAAUGGCAUUAGUUCAAAUUAAAGGACACAAGAUAUGAAUAUGUAAAUAAAGUAACUGAAUUUAUAUAAUGGUACAAAAGCCCAAAACAUGCUUUUAAUCUGAUAGUGAUCUCAAGCUCAAUGGAUCGGUGUUACUUUGUGUACGUUCUUGAGUCAAAUUAUUUUAGUGCACUUUAAGAUGAAUUUUGUGCUGAAUUCUUCUACAGUAUUACUUGAGGACUUUAGCUAGGUUAUUACAAUCACAGACAGCAAAUGAGAUGAGAGAUCAUUGAUCUAAAAUAUUAACUAUUUCUGAAUCCACAGGUGCUGCUGAGUUUUUGUAACAUUUUGUGCUUUUGUUUUGGGCAAAUAAGAUUUCACUUUUAAGGCAAACAAUGGAUAUCCUCAUAUAAGUACCAUUUUCUUAUGGACAUUUUGAAACUGAGCAAUGUGUUCAGUUUCACAUAAUUCAUCAACAAAGAUAGCACAGUUGGGAAUUGUGAGACAUCAUCUGCAGUUGUGCUGCAUGACAUUUUGAAUGAAGUAGACGUUCAUAGCAUUUAUUUUUUAAAACUUUGAAAUUAGAUGUUAAUAUCUUCAUUGCAGUAGGAAACUUGCACAGGAGCAAAUUAUUUUACACUAGCCUGGACUAAUAGAUUACUGACAAUAAAAAUCUUGAUAGGGUUGAUGAAAUUCUGCUGUUGUUAAUAAUAGUUUUGCUUUCAAUGUGUUUAGAUGCUGGUUAGAGACGAUCCUACUUUUUUUCUGAAGCAUCAGUUUUUUUGAAGUUCAUUUUACUUGCAAUACUUUUAAUCAUAUGCACUAAUUCACAUUUAAUUUUUGUUUUGUAAACCUUGGAUUUCUUAAUCCUGUGUAUGAAACUUGCUUC